AUGGCCAUAUCCACGCAACCCCAGCUUAUCGGCGCACCCCUAUACUGGAUCAACCGCCAGCUCUACUAUGCCUACAUGUCCCUUACCAAGCAGUCCUUCGGGCUGCUCAUCACCACCAUGACCCACUGGUGGGGUCCGACCACGAUACGCAUCAGCGGCGAUGCCUCGGUAGCCGAUCAGAUUCGCAAGACGGAUGAUGGCUUGGUGGAAUUUUCCUUCCCCGAGCGCAUGGUUAUGAUCGCCAACCACCAGAUCUACACCGACUGGCUGUAUCUGUGGUGGGUCGGCUACGCGAAUGCCCCCAAAAUGCACGGCUCUCUCUUCAUCAUCCUAAAGGAAUCCCUCAAGUAUAUUCCCAUCGUCGGGCCUGGCAUGAUGUUUUACGGCUUCAUUUUCAUGUCGCGGAAGAUGGCCGUAGAUCAACCCCGGCUGGCCCACCGUCUACAAAAGCUGAAGACAUCGCACACGGCGCCCGACGGGAAGAAAUAUCUUGAUCCGAUGUGGCUGUUGUUGUUCCCCGAGGGAACCAAUGCGUCACAGAACGGGAAGAACAAGUCGGCAAAGUGGGCGGCCAAGAUUGGCGUGAAGGACCCGGAGCACAUGCUGCUCCCCCGGAGCACCGGCACCUACUUUUGCCUCAACGAACUCAAGGGCACCGUUGACUACAUUUACGACUGCACCGUAGCCUACGAGGGGGUCCCCCGUGGUAAGUUCGGCGAGAGGAUCUUCACCCUUGCAGGAACCUACGUCAAAGGGCAGACACCCAAAUCGGUCAACUUCUACUGGCGCCGCUUUCUUAUCGACGACAUCCCGCUCGACACCCCCGAGGAGUUCGACAUUUGGCUGCGUGAGCGGUGGUACGAGAAGGAUGCUCUCAUGGAGCAAUAUGUGUCGACCGGCCGCUUCCCCCCGAACCCUGCCGAGGCCGUCACAAAGGGCCAAGAGCCCUUCCUCGAGACCGAGGUGCGGACAAAGUACCCCUGGGAGUUCCUUCAGAUUUUCAGCGUGCUCGGCGCGUUUGGUUUGAUGAUCAACUUCUUCCUCAAGACCUGGAACCGUUUUGUUUCGGUGCUAUUCUGA